UUCCCUCUCUUUAAGUACUCAGAGAGACUGUUAGGAUAAAUAUCAUCAUAUCAUGCAGAAAGAUAAGUCCUCAUUCGCUGGGUCGUCUUCCAUUGGAACAGUUGCAAACCACAGUGAAACCAUCGUCCCUAUACUGUUUAAUCCAACAACAUCGGUGUGUUGUGAUAAACUAGAAAGGUUUUCUGUUUAUGUUGCUAGACAAAUUGGUUUCUCUGAUCCAAGUGACUGCCCUCAGCUUUGCAAGUUAGCAUAUGAUUAUUUAAGAGCCACAAAGGGGUGCGAAGCGAAUAUUUACGGUUAUAUUGGGGAUCAACCUGUCGCCGACGCACUUUAUGUGAAAUUCGUAGAGGAGUUUGAAAGAUGUAUACUUGGUUAUUUUGCAUUCCACUGGCAUCGAGCCACAGCUAUGGUAACUCAGAUUUUGAAAGCUGAUUCAGAUCUGCCAUAUAGAAGGCUCAAAUGCGUCAUUCUGGCAACCACUAGGAAACAAAGAUUCGAAAACGUGGUUAAACACCUGAAAGUAAAACGGAUAUUUUGUACUUUAGUGGAAGAAAUCAAAGCCAUCGGAAUCACAAAGGACGAAGAAAAUGACUACAAAAAUGCUGUGAUGGUACCUGUGGCCCAUGGUCACAGGAGUCCAGUCCUGCUUCUCAUGGGUGGUGGAAUGGGAGCUGGCAAGAGUACUGCGCUCACGCACAUCUCCAAAGAGUCAUUUUGGUCUGGAGCGGCAGAGAAAGCUGUAAUAGUAGAAGCUGAUGCAUUCAAGGAAUCAGAUAUCAUUUACCAAGCUCUCCGCUCUAAAGGACACCCUGAAGAUAUGAUCCAAACUGCCGAGCUGGUGCACCAAUCGUCCCUUGACGCAGCAGCAUCUGUACUUGUAACGGCAUUAAACAGAGGUCGUGAUGUCAUACUGGAUGGCACACUUUCAUGGGAGCCAUUUGUCAAGCAAACCAUUGCAAUGGCCAGGAAUGUUCAUCGUUGCAAGUAUAGAAUGGGAGUUGGAUACAAAAUUGCUGCAGAUGGAACAGUGACAGAAAACUAUUGGGAGCAAGAUGAAGAAUUGGCUAAUGAACAAAAACCAUACCGAAUAGAAUUGGCUGGAGUCGUAUGUGACACUUAUCUAGCCGUCACCAGAGGAAUAAGAAGAGCGAUACUGGUGGGAAGAGCCGUGAGGGUGAAUUCGCAAUUGAGAUCACAUAAAGGUUUUGCAAAUGCAUUUCCCAAUUACUGUAAUCUAGUUGACAAUGCCAGGCUAUUUUGUACGAAUGGCACAAGAACUGAACCCAAGUUGAUAGGCUGGAAAGAAGGAAUAACAAACAAAUUGCUGGUUGAUCAAGACGAAAUAGGAUGCUUACAAAAAAUCAGCAUGUUGAAUGAUGAAGCAGAUUCCAUAUAUGAAAUGUACCAGUCAGACCAGAGUUUCCAACCUGGCUCUGAUUGGUAUGACCUUGCAAUAUCAUCAACUAGAGCAGAGAUCCAACAAGAACUAAAGAUUGUCAUUGGAUAUGCCGAAAAGCAAUUAAACAGAAAAAGGAAAAGAUAGGCGUCCGAAGAGCAGACCUCGCUGUGAAGUUAGCUAGUACCUUUAUGUGGAAAACAAGUGGAAUGUUCAUUAAAAAAAAGAAAGAAAAAAGAAAGAAAGAUGUAGUAGUGAUAUAAGAUCCAAGUAAAAAAAGUAAGUGGAUGACCACGUGAAGUGGCAUUGGGUAUGCACUUGUAUCUUCAUGCUCGAUCAUGGUGUAUUUUCUCUAUUACUACCAACACAUGUGACUAUGCUA